AUGUCAUCUAUAUCUCGCUUAAAGUCGUUCUUCAAGCCAUCUGCAGGGAACGACAAACAUGUUGCACGACUGCAGCGGCGAAAACGUAUCUAUACAUCCAUAGGGCGCGUCUCACCAUACCUGCAACUGGCAUGCUACCUGAUUGGCAUACUAUGGAUCUUCGCUAUUCCUUUGACUGAGCUUGGGAAGGGAACAUAUGUGGAUGAGAACGCGCUGCAGCCUGGGCAGGUCAGCACAUAUUGGGAUUGGGCGGAGGUGCAUGCUGCGGAUCGGUUUUUGGUGGUGCUUGAGGGCAUGAGAGAAGCAAAUGCUAGCCAUCAGGAGAGGGCGGCAUGGUUGAAGACCAAGUUCCUGGAACUGGGAAUAUCAACCGACACGCAGGCAUAUACAUUUAGCACGUCUUUUGGCGAAGUGCAUGGCGUGAACACAUAUGCUUUUCAUUCAUCACCACGUACCUCUGGAGCGGAGGCGAUGAUCAUUGCUGCGUCUUGGACGAGCCUUACUGGGGAUCCCAACUUGCGAGGCGUGGCAACUGUGCUAGCUUUAGCGGGUUUCCUCACACGUUACACCCACUGGGCAAAAGAUCUCGUGUUCGUCAUUUCCGAUGGUUACCAGGAUGGCAUGGAAGCCUUCCUCUCGACGUACUAUGGUCAUGAGCCAAAAACGCUGUCCGUCCAACCCCUCACCUUCGACAGUGAAGUAGUCUGGACGGCACUCUCUAUCGACUAUCCCGGGCAUUCGUUUUCGCAUCUCGGGCUGUUCUUCGAGGGUCUGAAUGGCCGCCUGCCCAACCAAGACCUCUUUGUAUGCGCACAAGUCAUCGCACGCUGGACUGGUGGUGUACCCGUGAUACUACACAACACCCUGGAUGAGCUGCGUCCGGACAUACCUAUGCCCGAUUGGCUGCAGUGGUCGGGCGCCGCGGGCAAUUGGGUGUGGAGGGAGAUCGUCAACAGACGAGCGCUCAAGGAGUGGGAGUAUAGGGCAGGAAACGUGGCAGAACAAGCAGGAUGGAUGGCCACUGGACGGGCGAGUGGAGUGCAUGGCGUGUUUCAUCAAUUCAGAGUCGACGCGAUUACCCUAUUUGCCAGGCCUGCGACGGGUCCUCACGGUUUCCACUCAUUGGGAAAACUGACGGAAUCUCUCCUGCGAACAAUGAACAACUUGCUUGAGCGACUUCACGCAUCAUUCUUCUUCUAUCUUCUAUCCUCACCGUCAACAUUCCUGAAGAUCGGCUCCUACCUACCGUGCUCGGUACUCAUCGGUGUAGGGUGUAUGAUUGGUGGUCUCCGUGGGUAUGUCGAUCUCGGAUGGGAACGGUGGUACUCUCAAAAAGCCAACGAUACGAAAUGGCUGAAGCGGCCACGGCGCUUGAUGGAAGGCGUUGGUGCUCUCUCUGCAGUCGCCUCCGUCGGUGCAGUAGCAUACCUCCACGCGAGCAGCAGAUUAUUCGCCCCAAUGCUUGCCGCUACCUCCCCUCUCCCCCUUCUGCCAGUGAUCCUCACCUUCUCGCUGCUUCCCCCUUUCAUCGUCCUUCUCCGACCCGACUCAAAAGCAACCGCUCCACUGGCUCCGAUGGUCAAGACAUGUCUUCUGUUCUCCCUCGCCUUGCUCAUCGCACCGCUAAGCAUGCUCAACUUCCCUCUAUCGCUCUUCUUCGCCCUCCUCGCAAUCCCACUCUCCCUCAUAAAUCCCUCGUCUGGGCUCCUGCCCUUUCUCCUACUCGCACUGCUAAAUCCCGCUAUGCUGCUGCUAUUCCAGAACGGACGAGACGCGAUUCGAAUAGCUGUUUGGGACUGGCAGGUAUUAGGCGCAUAUGCGCUUCCUCUCGCUUGCCUGAUCUGGAUGCCUCUGGUUUGGGUUGCACAGGCCGUUUGUAUAAUUCAAGAAUAG